UUGCAAAAUAGGCUUCUCACAUCCUCACCACAGAAAGAUAAACUGGUGAGAUGAUAUGCUGUCAGCCUGACGUAUUUCCUGUAAUGUAGACAAAGAUCAGAACAUUGCACCAUGCCCCAUCAGUGUGCACAGUUGUUAUUACCUGUGAAUGUAAGCUAAGGAGGUGGCCACGGGCCGAAAGGAGAACAAGAAGCCAGCUUGUCCUCCGUGAGCCAGUGGCAGCUGGGCUGGGAGACAAGAAGAACACAAUACCGCAGUGCACCCACAGAGAGCCUCAGGUCAGAGGCUUUCUGUCAGAGAGGCCCGGGGUACACGGAGGAGGGGAAGCAACUCAUAUGCCUAGGUGGGACUGAACAGUACAGUAGCCCUGGAGGCCCCAGCCACCACUUCCCUCACAUUCAGCAUUCAUGACCCCAGCGCCCUGCUCCAGGUCCCAGGAGAAGUCUCACCGCCAGUGCCCAGGGAUCUCCUGCCCGCCACUCACGGGCAACUGGACAAAUGCCUUGUGCUAGAGCCACACCUGACAGUGCCACACAGCCACCACCUCGUGUCUGAAAAUGUAAUACACACAAGCAUGUAAAACUAAAACAGGCAAAUGAGAGGGACCAAUCCUGUAAGAAAAGCACCCAGAGGAUCAAUGUGGGGCGCUAGUCAUCAAUGUGUAAGUUACGCGGUAAGUUGGCUCUCCCAUAUGCCUUUCGAGUAGGUAUAACAGGGGACCAACAGCAUCUCGUUUUGUAAAGGUACAGGAUGACUGGGCUCACAGAAUUGCCUGGUAGGAAUCUGAAUUUCUCUAGAAAGUUGUCAGGCAGUAGAUGCUAACCACACCAAUGCCUGUUAUGUGACCCAGCAAUUCCACUUUGGGCUGUAGGAUGAAGAGAAGUUAGUACAUAUAUCCAACCAGAAAAUGGACAAGAAAUUUUACAGCAACAAAGUUACCCUUGUCCCUAAUCUGAAACAGUCUAAACCCCCAUCAUUGGGAAAUAGAAUGGAUAAAAAACAUGCAUUGUGGAUGAAUACAAUUGUUUAUAGCGUGUGUAUGAGCGUACACACACACACACACACACACACACACACGCACACACAGAUGAGCCAUGCCUGUGGCAUGGUGCUUCACUUAAUGUAGACAUCUCAUGGAGCAGAGGGGCCACAGACAAAGAACUACAGAGACCAGGCCCGUGAGACCAUGGGGACCGAGGUAGAGGGGAGAGGCUGGGAGGGGCCAUGCCUACAGCCCUGAGGACUCUGGGAGGGUCCUGAACCUCCAGCGAGGCACCUCGAAGGAGUUCCUCUCCAGGACCAAACCCACUGAGCUUAGCUGAGCAAAGCAUCCCAGACAGAGCAACCAGUAGCUCCGUGCCUCCGCUUCUGGAAAGCCAUGAGAGGCUGCACGUUUACAAGGAGCAUGAAUCCAGAGGGAGCCAGCAAGGUGUCCAGGCACCAGAGGAUCCGUCAGAGGACAGAGAUGAGGAGAUGUCAAGGACCGUAGCAAGGGAGGCUGGAGCAUGCAUCUGUAGUACGUGGGCAGCAGGCGGAGAGCCGCUGCAGGGGUGAUCCUGGAACACAGUGGAGAGGUUCACAAAAGGGAGGGGAGUUGAUUGGUUACCUGUGGAGAGAGCUCAGGGAUGACAUGGCCUGUUUGCGGAGGAGUUAAUGAUAGAUACACAGAAAACCAAGGAACAAACAAGAGUCAUUGUUAGCUCCAGGAGUGGGAAACAGACUGUCAAGGGCACAGGGAGGGAAAGGAAUUCCAGCUCCACUGUGCAGACUCAGCCACGGGCUUUGUUCAGAGGCUGGAAGAGGAGGCUCCUGGAGAGGCUGGCGAUCCUGCACAAAUCAGGUCAGCGCCAAGACAGAAAACUAAAGGGGUCCCAGAGAGCACGUUGUUCACUGUUUGUGCCAUAAACAGGAGGGGCUGCUGGAGUGAUUCUCCCAGGUGGGGUCCCCUGGCCAGUCAUCGGGGAGUGGAGAGGUAGUGGCAGGAGUGCGGGGAGAGCACCUGUGGAAGAGGCAUCAUGGUGGUGACAGAACCACAGCAGAGAAGGAGAGGGCAGGCUUCCCAGGCGCCACCAGCUCCCCAUGGCACCCCAGGUCCUCACAGACACAACUUGGGAGCGUCAUUUUCAUGAUACCAACGCAGCUGCCAGCGCCCAGCCCCACCCAGCACACGUGGGCCCCGGGCACAGUUGCAGUCAGUGCUCACAGUGAGUCAGAGAGCAAGGUUACCUGGAGACUAAUCUGAGAAACAAGGAAGGGGAAGGUGAACUCCACGAGGAAAACUCCAGGAGGGAUAUAAAACCUGGGGCCUGGAGCACCUCACACUCACACACACACACACACACACACACACACACACACACAAGCACUCAUCCCCUCCACAGCUCAGCAUGGCUGAUACCUGCUGUACCAGGACGUGUGUCAUCACCGCCUCCACCCUAUCUGUCUGCUCCAGCAACCUGGGGGGAGGCAGCCGGGUCUGCACACCCGUUGUGUGCACUGAUUGGCAGGUGGACAAUGGUCAAGAGAGCUGCUGCGAGCCCCCCUGCUGUGCCCCCAGCUGCUGCCAGCCCAGCUGCUGCGCCCCGGCCCCCUGCCUGAGCCUGGUCUGCACCCCAUGCUGCCAGUCAGGCUGCACCAGCUCCUGCACGCCCACGUGCUGUCAGCAGUUGAGCUGCCAGCCUGCCUGCUGCUCCUCCUUUUGCCAGUCGGCCUGCUGCGUGCCUGCCUGCUGCACGCCCGUCUGCUGCACGCCCGUCUGCUGCACACCUGCCUGCUGCAAGCCUGUCUGCUGCACACCUGUCUGUUGCACACCUGUGUGCUGUAAGCCCGUCUGUUGCACACCCGACUGCUCUGGGGCUUCCUCCUCCUGCUGCCCCUCUGCCUGCUGCUCGUGCUCCCCCUGCCAGCCGGCCUGCUGUGUGCCUGUCUGCUGCAAGCCUGUCUGCUGUGUACCCUCCUGCUCCUCCAUGUCCCUGCUCUGCCGCCCCACCUGCCCCCGCCUGGCCUGCUGUGGCCUCUCUUUGGGCCAGAAGUCCUGCUGCUGAUUUGCUAAUUAGCCUCGUCCCCAAAGGGAUAGCAGGCUCAGGUCCCGCCUCCUUCAGCUCCUGGAUGCCCUGGCCUCCCUGCACACAGUGCCUCCCUCCUUCAGCAGCCUACCACUAUGGGCACCCGAGGCCCUCACCAGCUCUGCCCAUCACUGUUCCUGGCCUAGGGUGUGCCAUUCUUUCAUUCUGGCCACAACCAUACCCCUCCUGGGUGAGUGGGGCUUCUUAGACUCAACCUUGUUGCUGCUGGUCCCUGAACACCAAUAAAGCCUCCGCUGCCCACACUGA